AAGUCGCUUGAUUUAUACAAUUGUCCUGAUGCUAAUGAUAAGACACCUCUUGUUGUCUUUAUACAUGGCGGUGCCUGGAGAACAGAAGACAAGAGCGACUAUAGAGCAUUAGCUACUGAUUGUCUCUCGUUAGGAAUCACAGUUGCUUCUGUUAAUUAUAGACUGAGUUUAUUAGAAAAGAAUGAAAAAGUAAGCAAGAUCAGACACCCAAGUCAUAUUGAAGAUGUAGCAGAAGCAAUUCAAUUCUUGGCUACAACACCACCUACUUACACUUAUGAUCCAAACCAACUUUAUCUCGUUGGUCAUUCAGCAGGUGCACAUAUUGCAAUGAUGCUUCUAUUGGACGACGCGUUCCAAUGUCGCCAGUAUAUCAAGGGUGUCCUUGGUGUCUCUGGUAUUUACGAUAUCCCUCGCCUGCUCAGUCGAUUCCCUUCUUAUACUGACUUUAUUCAACAAGCAUUUGGAGACACAGAUUAUGGCCUGGCUUCACCUGUCAGUAAGCAAGCACGAUCGGAUGCACUUGUCUUGAUCGCCCAUAGUCAAGAAGACUCCUUGAUUGACAAUCAACAAUCAGAAGUCAUGACUGAGCAUGUAAAAUCACUU